AUGGGACCAAAAGCCAAGGAAACCAUGCUGAUGCUUUUCAACAAAAUCUGGGAGACCAUUCUCGUACCUAACCAAUGGAAAGUUGCCAUAGUAAUACCAGUACUAAAAAAGGGUAAAGACCCUAGCAACUUUGACAACUAUAGGCCUAUCUCCUUCACAAGCAUUGUGGCUAAACUUAUGGAAAGAAUGGUUAACAGGAGGCUCACCUGGUUCCUUGAAACCAAUAAUAAUCUUACCAAUGAACAAGUAGGUUUUAGGCCUCAAAAACCAACUAACCAACAAUUAGCCACUUUCUCCCAAAAUAUCAAAGAUGCCCUUGAUGCAAGAAUACCCUUACGGCUGUUUUCGUCGAUUUCAAAUCAGCAUCUUACGGCUGUUUUCGUCGACUUCAAAUCAGCAUAUGACCGAUAG